UAAUUUGUUGAUUUAACCGAGAGAACUGCUGAGCAAUAUUUCUAACUAUAUAAUUCACCCUCCUUAAUCUAAUCCUUUUUCCUCCACUUAUCAAGUCGGGAACAUUCCCACAGUAAAAAAUUAGUAAUUACGUAUCCCCUCUCCUUCCGUAAACUUCGACUGAGUUUAUCUGGCAGAAUCUGGCUCCGCUGACGUAAUAAGGUGUAAAGGUUAGAUGCGCUCAUUUGCCUGUUAUCGCCGCAAAAAUGUAGUAAACGAGGGAAGAGCAAUGUCGAUAUACGUUCAUUAAUCGUCAAUUCAUAGCAGAAUUUGUCGUGGAGCAGUCGUUCAACGAGCUUUUAUGUACAAAUGUCGGCGAAAGGUGAUGGGUCAUGGGACACACAUGGAACGAAAGAUAUCUUUCAGAAAGAUGUACCAAAAGAUAACGCUACACCAUCAGCGUUUGAUCCAAUUGAACAUCAACAUAUAAGAUAUAAUCCAUUAAGAGGAGAAUGGGUGCUGGUAUCGCCCCAUCGUAUGAAGCGACCUUGGGGAGGUCAAAUAGAACCCAGUACGGAUGAGGAGCUUCCAGAUUAUGAUCCCAAAAAUCCCCUUUGCCCAGGAAAUGUUAGAGCUAAUGGGGAAGUAACUCCAAUGUACCAAAAUACGUUCUCGUUCGUAAAUGACUUUCCCGCUUUAUUAGAAUCGGUGCCAGAUCCACCGAAACCAGAUGAUGAAUUGUUUCAAAUGGGAUCUGCUAAAGGUACCUGCAAAGUGAUGUGCUUUCAUCCAAAGUCAAAUGUAACAAUAGCGUUGAUGAAAAUUCACGAGAUUAAGGAAGUGAUUAAACAGUGGAUCUUCGAGAUAUUGGAGUUGGGUGAUAAGUGGACCUGGGUCCAGAUAUUUGAAAAUAGAGGCGCUUUGAUGGGCUGUAGCAAUGCACAUCCUCACUGUCAAAUAUGGUCUAGUUCGUUUUUACCGAAUGAAAUCAGAAUAAAGGACGGAUAUCUCAGUGAUUACUAUAAGCGUAACAAGAAACCUCUUCUCAUUGAUUACAUGCAGAAAGAAGUUAUAAAAAAAGAUCGGAUUGUAAUAGAGAAUCGCGAUUGGAUAGUUGUAGUACCGUUCUGGGCAGUUUGGCCAUAUGAAACUAUGGUAUUACCAAAAAAACAAGUGACUAGAAUGCAAGAUUUGUCCGGUAGCCAACAAGAAUCUCUAGCUGUUAUCAUGAAGAGAUUAUGUACAAAAUAUGAUAAUCUUUUUCAAUGCUCUUUUCCAUAUUCGAUGGGAUGGCACGGUGCUCCAAUGGAUCCAUAUCAGCACCAUGAUUAUCCAUACUGGACUUUUCAUGGGAUAUACUUACCACCUUUAUUACGAUCAGCUACCAUAAAGAAGCACAUGGUUGGCUAUGAGCUUCUAGCUCAAGCACAGAGGGACCUAACACCAGAACAAGCAGCAGAAAAAUUGAGAAAUUUAUCAGAUUCUCAUUAUAAGCAUCCGGAAACUAGUCUAACUGUGGAGGAAAUAGAAAAAUACUCGAAUUAAGUGUAUAUAUGUAAAUAAGAUAUAUAUUUUCGAUAGUCAUAUAUAUAUAAAUUUAUGAAUUUAAUAUAAAUUUUUAUAUUACAUUAUCUUGAUGGUGAAUUUAUUCAAUAAAAGGUAUGAUACUAAACAAAUGUAUCACAUCAAUACAUGAU